AUGGCAAAGUCAACGUUGAUUACGGGUUGGAAAAGGAUCGUCCUGGUCGUGUUGGUCCUCACCUUUGCCAAUGGAACAACAGCUCAGAUCAAUGUGAAGCGCUUUAGACACACUUUGAAUGAUGACCUACGGAUAUACGUAAAUGGGCAGCGAACGCUAUACAGCGAGAUACAAUUCGAAAAAGAACCAACCAAGCAUUACAUGUUUGCGCUAAAGUACGAGCAUUUAAAAAAAACUACGCAAUUUCUAAGAGAUGUUUUCACGCAUUAUCAAGGUCUACAUCCGUUUAAGCCGUACCUGGGUAUGAUUGUCGAAUUUUACGAACGGAAAUUGGCAGAAGCAAAUGGGUCAUCGUUCUUUGAGUUAAAGCCUAAUGAACUGUGCGCAGAGGUUGCUGGAUCUCUUACAGGUAUCACCGAUACGGUGGUGGAGCUGUCGCCACUUUAUCAUCUAAACCGUCCAGACGUGAUCGACGCCAUCUCCUGUUUUCGAUCUGCGCCUGUCAAAGCACAGGAAGAUAUAAUGGACUUCUGGAUGCUGCUUUAUCAGUCUCUUUAUACAAAGUGCUCUGAAACGUUGCAAAACUUCGAUAUGGAAAACACAGUAAACGGUUUCCAGGUUGAGAGCGGCGUCACCACCCCCGCCAGUCUAAGGGGCGUUGGUGACGCCAUCGGCUACGACGAACCCGCAUUUGUUGAUUUAAUUGAGCAUGAGUCGGAUGAAGCGCCUUGGCUUCGGGAAGAUGAGGCAGGUGCGUCACCGUGUAUCGCAGGCUCGCUGGGUGCAUGGAAGCCCGAGACAGAUCGCUCGUUGGAAGCUUCAGAUGCUUCAGGGGAAAUGGCCGGAUCCUCCAACGACGACAGGGGGUGUGAUAACAUUUCAGGUGCUUGCGAUUCACGCACGGAACACCACGACUUCGACUCAUCGUCCGAUUCUUACUUCAAACCUGAGAAACCUGAAGAGGAUGAGGAUCCACUCUGGGACGAAUACUUCGCGUCGUUUUUGAUGCGCCUCAAAAACCGCUCCGAUCAAAGUGGCGGGGAUGCAUGUCGCCUACUGGGUGAGCGGUGUAGGCACGUGUGGAAUGUACCACUUAGUACAGCUAUCCAUAAUUACAGUUACUAUCAUUAA